AUGAAGACCUCUACUUCCUUAUUCUCCGUCAUCGUAGGCAUCUGCUUGGCAGGUGUCCAGGCUGAACUUCCUUACAACAUGCCAGAGUGGCGGAGGGGAGCCAGUCCUCCUAUCGUCCCGUCGGAGCACCCAACAUGGCAAUACCCUUACCACCAACUUACUGGUGAACCGCAUCACCCUCAUCCGACUAGCGUUCGCCUACCUGGCCAUCAUAAGCCGCAUCCCACUGGCUAUCCUCAACCCACCGGAACUGCCAGUCCUCACCAGCCUUGCAACAGCGCUGCUGACUGUGCAUACCUUUCUUGCACGCAGCAGAUGCCCCGAAGUGAGCCCACAUGCGUCCGGAGCCGGGUCGGAAGGUUCUGUGCAUGCACAAUACCAAGGGCGGAAUAA